AUGGAGACCGUGGCGACCACGGCGGCGGCGAGGGAACCCGAUGAAGGCUGCACAGAGCCCAGUACUGGGCACUGGGGGGAGCUGAGCUGGACGCCUGUCCCACCCAGACCCCAGGACAAGGUGAAAGCAGCAGAGGGAGCACCAGAGGCCCCGAAUGGUGGCCCCCCUGGGGUUGAGGAUGCGGCGGUGAGUGCCAUGCUGCGUGCCGUGGCCGCCAGCCGCCUGCCCGUGUGCAGCCAGCAGCAGGGCGAGCCUGACCUGACCGAGCAGGAGAAGGUGGCCAUCCUGGGCCAGCUGUACCAUGAGAAGCCGCUGGUGUUCCUGGAGCGCUUCCGCACGAGCCUCCGUGAGGAGCACCUGGCCUGCUUUGGCCACUUGCGCGGUGACCAUCGGGCAGACUUCUACUGUGCCGAGGUGGCCCGGCAGGGCAGCGCCCGACCCCGCACCCUGCGCACCCGCCUGCGUAACCGGCGCUACGCUGCCCUGCGUGAGCUCAUCCAAGACAGCACUGUGGAUGACAACCCCGACUUUGACAAUCUAGACAUCGUGGCGCGGGAUGAGGAGGAGAGGUACUUCGACGCGGAGGAGCCCGAGGAGGCACCCAGCCCAGAGCUGGAUGGGGACUGA